UCUAAACAUCAUUCAAUCUAAAAGAAAAAUAAAUGAGUGAAAAUAAAGGGUUAUUUGCCUUGUUUGGUGCUGUAGCUGCACCGAAAACAACACCCAUAAAAAAAGCCGAAGAUAUUAAAACUAAAGAAGAAUUAGCAAGGGAAGCAGCUUUUGCGGCUAAGCAAAAAAAGAAUGACAAUGAAGCAACUGUUGGUGGAGGUGCAUGGAAAGUUGCUCAACGAAAGACAUCAAGAGGUUUAGCAUUAAAGGCAAAAGCAUUAGGAAAAAAUGUUACUAUUAGUGAAAAUAAGCAUAUUAUACCUGACUUUGAUGAUGGAGAUGUCACUAUGGGAGGCACUGGUGGAAAAAAGAAAAAGCGUUUUUCACCUUAUGGAAAUAGAAAUAGAUCAAAGGCAGCAAGUAGUAUAAAGUCUGCGAAUGCAAUUGAUCAGAGAGUUGAUGUUUUAAUUACAGGAUUUGAAGUGGGCACUGAAGCAGGUAUUGUUCCAUUUUUAGUUCACAAGUCAAAAAAGAAAUGGGAGCCUAUAGAUGUUAAAUUGAAUCAAGGACAAAUGUUAAUUACCGUCAAUGACCCAGUUAUUGCUCGUAUAUUAGUUCGAUUAGAUGGUUAUAUUUAUGGUACACAGCAACUUCGUAUAAGUCUUUUCAACAAUCCUACUUUACCAAUGACUUCAGUUGUAGAAAACAACACAAAACAAUCGACAAUGGAUAUCCUUCGUAACUUUUUAAAAAGUCGAUGGAAUAGUGAAUUGAAAUUUUUAAAUUUGGAUGACAUGGGCUCUGAUCCAAUUUUAAAAAAAUCAGCAAUCAAACCACCAGGUGCUCCUGGAUCUAGCGCAAUUGUGGGCCCUGCUAUGAUGAAAUUAGCAGGGGAAAUGUUUGCUAAUGUAGUUACUGUUUCAUUUGCUCGUAAUCACCUCAAGAAUGUUCAACCCAUUUCAACUUUAGCACAAUAUUUACCUAAUGUACAAAACUUAUCGUUUCAAGAUAAUUUAAUCAAAGAAUACGAUAGCCUUGAAGCCUUGAGUGGUACGGGUAAAUUAAGACAUUUAAGAGAAUUAUUAUUAACAGGGAACCCACUUCGUGAAUCUGAAAUCAAGCAAAGAGGUAAUGAUCGAGCUUAUAUGCGCAAUAUAGUCAAGCGUUUCCCUUCACUUGUCAUGUUGGAUGGUGUUCCGGUUCAGUUAUCCGAGUCAGAAAUCGCCAAUGUUCACAAAACGGGUCGUGUUUUACCCUUAGAUAAUAAGCCUAGUUUUUUUGAUAAUGAAAUUAGCCAAACUACUGCUAUCGAUUUUAUUACAAAAUAUCAUCAAUUAUUCGAUUCAGACAGAUCAACAUUAAGCCAUAUUUACGAUCACGAUGCAAUCUUUUCAGUGACGUCUGAUAUCAAGUUACGUCCACAACAAAAAUUAAAAAGAAAAGAUAAAAAAAAGCUAAUGGAAGAUGAAGACAAGUUAACAUGGACUACUUUAAGUCGAAAUUUAAUAGGCAAAUCAAAAAGACAAGAAGGUAAAGGUCUUUUAAUCGGUCCUGAAGCUAUUGGAACUGCGCUUUGUAGAUUACCUUCCACAAUCCAUGAUUUAAGCAAAACAGAAGAUUUUAUUGUAGAUGCACAUCAAACACCAGUCGGUUUACUUGUAUCAUUACAUGGUGAAUUUAAAGAAGAUGAGAAUUCUUCUCCACUUUCAUAUAGUCGAACUUUUCUUCUUCGUCCUGCAACUACUGACUCACCUGCUAUGGCUGCUGGUUGGCCAUAUAUUAUAAUGAGUGAUAUGUUAUGCGUCCGUGACUAUAUUGGUAAUCAAGGUUUUAAACCACAAGCAGUUAUUACUAGUAUAUUUGCAUCAUACCCUGGUGUGUAGAGAAGUUGGAUGCAUAUUUAAAGAAUAUUAC